AUGCGACAUUCAAAGAGGGAGAAGAUGUCCACAGAGGACGUGAACAACGCCCUUCGCCUGCGCAACGUCGAGACACUCUACGGCUUCUCAGGCAAUGAACCGCUCAAGUUCGUGAAAGCCGUGGGUACGAAGGACUUGUUCUUCAUCGACGACCGGGAGAUCGACUUCACCGAGAUCAUUGCGUCGCCCCUCCCCGAGGUCCCGCGCGAGAGCUCCCUCUCGGCACACUGGCUCGCCGUUGAAGGCGUUCAGCCGGCCAUCCCCCAGAACCCCACUCUCCAGAUCGAAACAGGCGAUGCCGCGCUCAAGCGAAAGCGGGCCGCCGCUGCAGAGAGCGACCUGCAGGUGCGGCCCAUCGUCAAGCACACACUGUCAAAGGAGCUCCAGCUCUACUACGAAAAGAUCACCAAGGCUGUCAAGGGCACCAGCGAGAAGGUGGCCACGGCAGCUCUGAACAGCCUUGCGACAGACCCCGGCAUCCAACAGCUUCUGCCCUACUUCACACAGUUCAUAUCGGACGAGGUGACGCACAAUCUGCACAACCUGGCUUACCUGAAGAACCUCAUGCGCAUGGUCCGGGCACUCCUGCAGAGCAACAACCUGCACAUCGAGCCCUACUUGCAUCAGCUCAUGCCGCCCAUCUUGACUUGCCUCGUCGGGCGCCGUCUGUGUGAGAACCCGAACGAAGACCACUGGGAACUGCGGGACUAUGCCGCCUCUCUCGUCGCUCUCAUUUGCCUCCGGUUUGGGAAGGCGUACACGAAUCUGCAGCCUCGCAUCACGAAGACGUUGAUCAACGCGUUCUUGGACCUGUCAAGGCCGCUCACCACUCACUACGGUGCGAUCGUGGGGUUGAGCUCACUUGGGCACUACGUCACGCAGCUGCUCAUCCUGCCCAACCUCAAGUCCUACCUCACGCUCCUCGAACCCGAACUCAACGGCACCAACGCCAUCCGCCGACUCGAGGCUAAGAAGUGCUACGGCGCUUUGCUGAAAGCGGCAGGGCGCUAUCUGGAGCAGAGUACGUCGGCCGCGUAUGCGGCGGCCAGGUCUCCGGCCGUCAAGAAGGAAAAGGAGGACGAUGCGGAGAGCAACGGGAAGGAGGACGGCAUGGAGAUGGAGGAUGGAAGCGGUGAAAGCGAGAAAGAAAGUAAGAAGGGAAAGGAGAAGGUGAAGGAGGAGAAGCAGAGCAACGGCAGCGCAGCAGAGGGGAUCCCACCGGCCAUCCCCGCCGCCAUUGUGCCGCCGCCCGAACACAGAGCCGCGCUGGAGAAGCUCAUGCCCGACCUCACCACCCACUACCGGGAGCUCUUCGACAUAUUCGGCGAGAGCCUCUCCUCCUACCUCUUCCAGGGCGUUUCUGCCCCCAUCUGCGACGCCUUCCUCUAA